AUGGCUGCAUCUGAGACCAGCAUUCCUUCCCACUGCAAGGCGGGUGUUGUUGUCAAUCCGGGGCCCAACUUUGAGGUCCGAGUGGAAAUGGUAGAAGUACCGCAACCAGGCCCGGACGAUAUACUCAUUCGUCUGCGAGCUACAGGUAUCUGUUCAUCCGAUCUUCAUAUGAUGCAAGGCGACCUUGAUAUGCCGCCAAUGUCAGCUUUCGGCGUUCGAUCACCGGGUCAUGAAGGAGUAGGCAUCGUAGUCAAGAUCGGUGCAAAUGUGCGCAAUUUUAAAGUCGGGGAUCGAGCUGGAAUCAAGCCACUGAUUGACACGUGUGGAGCAUGCGAGAGAUGCUGGGGGGGCAAGGAGAUGCACUGCCGGAGUGGUAUUCAUACAGGGCUCAUGGCACCUGGAACAUAUCAGCAAUAUAUUGUCUCCCCCGCUCGCUAUGCUUCACCAAUUCCGGAUACCGUACCCGAUAACGUUGCUGCUCCUAUCAUGUGUAGCGCAGCCACUAUGUAUAGGUCUUUGAGAGAGUCUGGGCUGAAGGCCGGAGAUUGGGCUGUGUUUCCUGGUGGUGGCGGUGGUGUGGGUAUCCAGGGAGUCCAAAUUGCCAAAGCAAUGGGAAUCCGCCCGAUUGUUGUUGAUUCCGGGGAGACCAAGCGCGCUCUGGCUCUGGAGAUGGGUGCCGAGAGCUUCGUGGACUUCAAAGAGACGACCGACACAGCAGCUUCUGUCAUUGCUGUAGCUGACAACAUUGGGGCUCAUGGGGUAUUUGUCACGGCACCUGCUGCGUAUCGAAAUGCAUUAUCGUAUCUGGGAGACCGCAUAGGGGCUAUCGUGAUGUGUGUUGGACUGGCCCCGAAGGACUCAACGACAAUCAGCAGUGAUCCUAACUUUCUUAUUUUUAACAAUACGACCAUCAAAGGAACCCUGGUUGGGAGCCGCAGCGACGUUGCAGCGUCGUUAGACUUAGCUCGCCGAGGACACUUGAAACAGAUUUGCGAGGUAUAUCCCAUUGACCAAUUACCUGAAGCAGUGAAAAGGCUCCGGACAGGCCAAGUUGCAGGCCGUAUUGUCGUGAACUUUGACCUUGCGAGCUAA